CACAUUCGCAGAGUGUGAGGAACUGAAGACGGGGGCAGAGCAACUUACAGUACGCACAGUCACACUCGCACACAGCAGGCUGUGAGCUCGGAGCAGGGAUGGUAGCAGAGGAGAUUGUGGUCUCCCUCUCAGGAGGUUCCCCGUGGGGCUUCAGACUACAGGGAGGAGCAGAGCAGCAAAAACCUCUACAGGUGGCCAAGGUACGCAGGCGUAGCAAAGCAUGCAGAGCUGGACUGAAGGAGCAUGACGAGCUGGUUGCCAUUGGCGACCACAUGUGUGCAGAGCUCAGUCAUGCUCAGGCCAUGAGCCUCAUCGACACAGAGAGCUCAACACUCAACCUGAGGGUUAAAAGGGCUUCUCCUGGAUUCCACUUCUCCACGGGGGUCCUGUCUCCCCCCGCAGGCCCCUUGCCCUCCCACUGUUCCUCCAUCCUCUCCCCCAGGGGCGUCACUUCCCCUCCAGACAGUGAGGCGUACUACGGAGAGACAGACAGUGAUGCAGAUACACAGUCACUCACGCACCGUCGCCAACGCCGCACACCUCCUCACGCGCGCUCACCUGCGCGCUAUGACAACCAAGAAGAGGAGGAGACCUCAGAGAUGAGCGGGUAUGAGAGCGCCACAGAUGUAGGCCUUUCUAUGCAGGGGCAGUGGGACGGUCAGGGUCUUGUCGGCGUCCCUCGCAGAGAGCUCAUCUACCAGCCACUCCAGACUGAGUGGACCACUCCAACACACACCCCACACACUUUAACCCCUCACACACUCACACCGACCCCUGAUCAGGGGUUAAUGGAAGCAGAGGGAGAAGGGGACAGUGGCUUCCAGGAGGCAGGGGGCUGCAUCGGGCUGGCCUGCCCACCGCUUGUGUCUCCAGAGCGGGCGAAAGAGGCUUUGAUGUCGGGCUCUGGUAAACAUCUGGUACCUAUGGUGGGACCACAGCAGACCCCAGUCAGCGACGAGCUCUCCACCACCUACAUGGACAAAGCACGGCAAGCCAAGCUGCAGCGUGGGGAGAGUGUGGUGGAGAAACAGGUGAAAGAAGCUCGCACUAAAUGCCGCUCUAUUGCCUCAUUGCUGACUGAUGCUCCCAACCCCAACUCGAAGGGGGUGCUUAUGUUCAAGAAACGCCGGCAGAGGGCCAAGAAGUACACACUGACCUGCUUCGGCAAAGCUGAGGGAGACAGAGGAGGGGAGACAGAAGGAGACACAGGAGGGGAGACAGAGGAGGAAGGAGGAAGCUCCAUUCUGAGUGGAUCAGAGGUUGACGAAGAGGGAUUCUCUGCAUCGUUUGACCCUACGUGGGACACAGGUUAUCUAGACCUGCUGGACAGGAGAAGCUCCGCCUGCCCGUCAACCACACCAACAACUCCAACAACGCCAACAACCAAUCACAGCUCAGUGCUGGACAUCUCAGCUUAUCAGACACCAGGACUUUUGACCUCUGUCAGUCAAAGCCCAGGGUUGGAGGUCUCAGGGCCGGAGAGCUCAGCCUAUCAGGGCUCAAGGCUGGAGAGCAGCAUCACAAAGCAGCCAAUCAGUACUCAGCCUGCACACAUGUCUCCUCCAGCUGUGGCCCUGACCAACGGGGGGUCGGUGGCUGUGAGUCGGGCUAGUGUUGUUCUGAGCCCGCCCUCUCAGACGCCCCUUCCAAGUCAAAACGGGCAACAUGGCAACCCUAAUCCCAGUCCGAACCCUAAUCUUAGUCCAGUCACAGACUCAGAUCAUCACCUGAAUCCAGGUGUUCUGAACCGCACUGCGCGCCCCUUCACCCCAGGCCCCGCUGCUCCUCGUGCGUCUGUAACCUCUGUUAUGUUUCGCCCCCCCCAACCCAAACCCACGGCCAUGACCAUGGCGACCAAACCCGUGGCAGCCGUCUCCAUGGUGACGAUCCAGCCUUCUCGCCUUCAGUCAGGGCCAGAUGCGAGAAGAGCGGUGUCUAGCACCUCCCUGUACAUCCCUCCAAGAAAUAACAACAGCAACACUCCCCCCUCUGUUAACUCGCCUCCCUCCUCUCUGUCCUCUGCAGCUUUCUCCCAGCCCACCACAAAUCUGCACACAUUUUCCCCUCAGCCCGCAGCGUAUGCUCCCCCCUCCACCCCGUUCUCUCCGUCUGCUCAACCCUUCUCCCCUACAGCUCCACAGCAAUUCCCCUCUCCUCCUGCUCCUGCUUAUCCACCUCCCUCCACCUGCAUUCCUGCUUCUCCCAUCUCCCCUCCACAUCCCCCUGAUCUGACUCAGUCCUCCUUCCAUGCCCAGCCUGCUCCUCCUCCUCCUCCUCCUCCUCCUCCCGCCCAACCUCCUCCAUCUCCAUCUGUCCACCCCUACAUCAACAUGACAGGUGCUGUGACUCCUGGUCCCCAUGCUGCCAUGGCAACCGCAUCACCUACCCAAGCUCCUGCUACUGAUUCCCUAGCGACACGUGAGGAGCGCAUCUCGGUCCCUGCCGCUCGCACCGGCAUCCUGCAUGAAGCCCGUCGUCGUAGCAACAAGAAGCCGAUGUUCUGUGCAGUCCAGAACAAAGAUAUUAAUCCAAACCCAGACUUGCUGUCGAUGGUCCAGAACAUGGACGACCACUUUGGGAAAGCCACAGGCGCCGAGUCCGGAGCUGCGCCCAGCGGGGAGACCGGGCAUGAGUCAGGGCCUGAGGAGGACUGGCUGAGGCUGGGGGCAGAGGCCUGCAACUUCAUGCAGGCUCAGCGAAGACCCAGGCCACCUCCUGUAGCUCCCAAACCCCAAACCCCUCAGGUGCCACAGCUGGCGGGGAAAGGAGGUGAGCUGUUUGCUCGCAGGCAGAACAGGAUGGGUCGCUACAUUGUGGAGCGAUCUCCCUCUGUCGCUGCAGCACCUUUCUCUCCCGCCCAGACGAGGGAGUCCUCGCCCACACCUUCUCUCCCUGCCACCUGGAAGUACUCAUCCAGCAUCCGUGCUCCUCCGCCCAUCGGCUACAACCCCCUCCUCUCUCCCUCCUGCCCUCUGAAGGCCCAGAAGAAGCCUGAGGUGUCAAAGACAAAGUCUGGGCCAGCUGGAUCUAAAGGUCAGAAAGCCGGCCUCAAGUCCGUGGAUGUCAUGAGCCACCAGCCCUACCAGCUCAACUCUACUCUGUUCAGCUAUGGGGGCGGGGUUCCCCAGCACACCUCUACCUAUCAGCAGCAGGAAGGAAUGACAAGUGGUCCUCAGAAGACAGCACGAGUGUAUGAGGUGAAGCGCUUCUCCACGCCGCCACCAAUAUCCACAGGGCCCGCACUCAAAGUUGUUGUACCCCGAUCAGCUACGACACUUGGAGAGCCGCUGUGGUGCUCUGAUGUCACAUCUCCCCCACCCACAGUUGGCCCCACCCCCUACCAACCCUACCAGCCUCAACCCCAACCUCAGUGGGCCACCUCCCCUCUGUCUCCCCCACCUCCCCCUGCCCCUACUGCUCCACUCCCUCAGCUCCCCACCUUCUCCGCUGCCCCUGCUCAGAAUCUAGUCCAGUCUCCAACUUUUUUGCACCUUCCACCCUCCAGCAACACACAGGCCAACAGGCAGUUUAAGAGUGCCCCAGAUCUGAGUCCCGUCGGCCCCGCUGGUGCCUCUCGGCCAGCAUCCAGCAGCACUCACCCGAGCAGAGUCCCCAGGCCCAGGUUCAGCACCUCCAACCUGGGACUGCAGCCUUGCGUCUGGCGCCCUGGAUCCACUACGCAUUAAAGCGACUCUGCUGCGGACAUGAUUAACCACAGCUCUGUGGGAACUCGGAGCACCAUUUUUUAAAUGUGUUUUUAGUAUUGUAAUAUUGUUAUUCAGAUCUUCAGCUUGGGGUUUUACCAGCCACAUUUUUAUCACAAGAUCUGUUUGUAUCAGCCACCCAUGUAGCACAUUUUCUCACUUAAAUUUAAUCUUGUUGACUCAUUUAUUCAAAUGAAUUUGGCUGCAGUUAGAGGGAACACUGUUUUGCAAAGGAAAUGUGAUCUGGAAACAAGAGAAAAGUAAAAAAUAAAAAAAAAGGGAUCAACGGCAGAUUGAAAGGGACAGAAAGAGACACAGGGGGAAGCUGGAAUUAAGUUCUGUAAAUACUGUAUUGAAUGAUAAAGAAUUAAGUGUAAACAUAAAAAAGAAGAAUAGAGGAUGUGACAAGACGAGAGCGCUGAGAGAGAGGUGUGGUAGAGGAUGGGAAAACGAUGAAAAGGGAAGCACAGGAGGCUCUGAUGUAGGGACAUCAUGCAAACAUUUGGCCUCAUUCACUAAUACGUGCUUAGAAAUGUUCUGACUUUGUGCACAAAAUAUGAGUGCCUGCAGAAUGAAGCGGGAUUUAUACUUAUGCAGCAGACCUUAUGCACGUCGCCUACGCUGUUGUGAGCAUUUAUACUUGUGCUGUGGUGUGUCUGUGUCACUCUGCAGUUACACUAGUCGGCAGUGGAGGUUUCUGUGAAGUGCUGUAAAGUUUAGUUGAUUCAAAACACACAUUAAACACACAUUAAACAUGGCUUCAUAGAGACAAUUUCAAACACAAGUACACAAAUCAGCUUCACUAUAACUCGCAGCAUUCACAGACAAACACUUGUCUUUAUCUGGACACAUUUUCCCCACAAAUACAACAUGCUAACGUUAUUAGCACAAGCCUAUGGCAUUAUACAGUGUAUAAAUUAACCUAGCAGCUAGAGGACUUUUCCUCUUCUCAUAUGAAGCCAGGGACAACAGCAACAUUUAACAAAGGUAACGGUACAAAAUUCGGCUCCAUUACAGCUCACAAGGUUCACUGACAAAACAACUGUCUUAUACUAAACACGUUUUCCAAACAACUAUAACAUGCUAAUGUUAUUAGCACAAGUCUAUGGCAUUUUACACCGUAUAAAUUAGCCUAGCAGCUAGCUGAGAUUUCCUCCGCUCACAAGACUUUAAAUGCUAUUUUUGUGGAGGCUUUAUUGUCUUCACAAUUUAUUGUUUCUUAUCUGUGAAAUUAAAGUAAAUAAAAGCUUUGUUUCCACUGAGGGAAAUGGUUUCAGCUUACAGAAAUAGACAGGAGGUCUGCGUCGCCACAACAUGUAGUUACAUUUCUGGGGAGGUGCACGUCAGGCUACGACGUAGGCUCCAUGUCGACGGCGUAGCUAUAGCGUUGAUUCAGCGCAGAAGUAUAAAUUCCACAUUACCAUCGGAUUCAUGACACGCUCUUACCAAUGUGUGCAUGUUAGUGAACCAGAUGAAAGCUGCAUCUACACACACAUUAGUAAAUGUCUUGGCAGUUGGAAACGGCUGGUAAGACGUUUGUCAUUCUCUUUAAACAUGUUAUAUCAGCUUCUGAAGAAGCCUUUAAGGCUAGAUAUCUGAACACCUGCUUGAAGGUAAAUUAUAGAGUGAAAGGAUCUUUUAUUUACCUUUUAUAUAUGUGCAAUUUCACAGCACUAGAAAUGGAUGGGAGCAGCCAAUCGUUAUAAGCCAAGUCAAUAACAUUUCAGUAUGGACAAUCUCGUAUAGGCUACUCCACUGUAAACCAGGGCUGGGACACUCAGUUUUUAAAGUUAAAUAUUUUAAUUAUGACAAUAAUUAAUGAGGAGGCAGAAACUCUCCCCGAGGGAGCUCAAGUAUCUCGGGGUCUUGUUCAUAAGUGAGUGUAGAAUGGAGCGUGAGAUGGAUUGGCGGUUUGGUGCGGCUUCUGCAGUGAUGCAGGCGCUGCGCCGGUCCGUCGUGGUGAAGAGGGAGCUGAACCGGAAGGCAAAGCUUUCGAUUUACCGGUCCAUCUAUGUCCCAACCCUCACCUAUGGUCAUGAGCUGUGGGUAGAGACCGAAAGAAUGAGGUCACAGAUACAAGCAGUCGAAAUGAGUUUCCUCCGUGGGGUGUCUGGGUUCAGCCUUAGAGAUAGGGUAAGGAGCUUGGACAUCUGGAGGGAGCUCGGAGUAGAGCCGCUGCUCCUUGGCGUCGAUUUGGGUCAGUUGAGGUGGUUCAGGCAUCUGAUCAGGAUGCCUCCUGGGUGCCUCCUGGGUUAGAGGUGUUCCAGGCACAUCCCACUGGUAGGAGGCCCCGGGGCAGACCCAGAACACACUGGAAGGAUUAUAUAUAUCAUCUGGCCUGGGAACACCUUGGGGUCCCCCAGAAGGAGCUGGAAAGCGUUGCUGGGAGAGGGACAUCUGGGGUGCUUUGCUCAGCCUGCUGCCCCCAUGACCUGGCCCCGUAUAAGUGAAUGAAAAUGGAUGGAUGGAUGGAAAUUUUGAUGAAUCCUGGAAUUGUGCGGAAAACACUCAUUCACACAGUUUAAGCCAGGGCUGUAAUCAUGUAUUCAACACUACCCCACUCUACCGUGUAGUACUCUCUGCGACCCAAUCCUCCUGGAGAGUCGCGGUAAUUCUUAGAAUUCUUAGAAGCUUCACAGCUUAACAGACCAUUUUAAAGCGUUUUGAAACACAACUUUUGGAUCAAGGGUUCUCCAAGUUUUAUGAGUGCAGUUUUAGGGAGCCGGUGUAUGACUGAUUUUUUUUUUUUUUAAAUGACAUACUAACAAAAAUAUUUUAAAGUAAUGAAACCGAGACGGUACAGUGUUUGACAUUGAUUGUUCCCACAGCAGUUGAGCAACGGCUUGGAUUACAGCAACACAUACACUGUAAUACUAGAACCCACAGUACUUCUAAUGGCAAUUCAUUUAAUAUCAUGAUUAAAUUUCCUAACAACUAUUUCAGAUGGUGUUGCGUAGUUGUCUGUCAUAGUAUAGCUUUUUAUUUAUUUUUUUAAUCUAAUUUUUUAUCAGUAUAUUGGGUGAGGCAUUUUGAGCACACUUGAAUAUUGAGGGUAUGUGUCCCUCCCCUGCAAAUACAUAUUAUAAUUACGCCCUUGGUUCCUUGGUCUGAGCACAGAUUUGUGUGUACGUAUUGUCUGCAAAUGAGGCCCAAAGUGUGAUAAAGUGUAGAAGGUGCAGAUUUGACUUCACAAUCUGUAAACAUCUCACAGUACCUGUUGCCAUCCGGCAUUAUCAUAUCAGAAAAGUUGCUUUACUAACAAAUUUGAAGUCGCUACUAUGACUGUGUUUCCUCCUGUUAUAUAUAUUCAAAUGAUUUGUGUUUGAGUGUCUUUUUUUUUCUAGUUGCACUCUGCAGCAGUGUGUGCUUUGUUUUCUGUAGUGUUCCACAGCUGCCAUGAAGAAGGCUUUUACAGUAGCCCUGAUUUCCAAUCUGUCGAUACAAAACAAGAGAUGUAUAACAUGUCUGUUUAGCUGUUUUCCACAGAGACAUGCGGCUGAAUAAAAAUAGACAUGAGUCA